AUGGGAAAUGCUGCAAAUGAAAAUUGCAAUGAAACAACGAUGAGAAAACUCGGUAACAUUAUGAAAAGUAUUAGUCCCUUUGCUGCUGCCUUCAAGAUAAUGCAGGAAGUGGAAGAAGAAGAAAUUCAUCGAGAUAAGAAAGAAAAACGAGCGCUACCUCCACUUCGAAUGAUUUUUGAUAUUGAUCAUCGAAUUCAUGAUCGACGACUCUACAAUCUCCCAACAGCAAAUGAAGUUGCUGCAGUUUUCGUAGGUGAA